CUGUCAGUGUCAGUGCCAGGCUUGUGGUUGUGACUGUAAGGAGUCGUGCGUGUAAUUUAAAUAAAUAACUUUAAAACGAAUUAGAUAAUUAAAUUAUAUUUUUAUUUAAUUGUAUAGUAUAAUAAUGUGUUUUCGUAAUUAAAUAAUCGUACCUGAGGGAGAAUCUUAAACAUCAUUAAUAAAAUUUACGUAAACAGUCUCAAAAAUGUCUAAAGGCAAUUUAGUGAUUGCAAUUUUCUUAUUUUUGCCUUUUUUUGUUACUCCUGAAGAGGGUUCUGUAUACGAAUAUGGACCGGAUAAUUUUAAGCGACAGAUAGCAGAUAUGGAUGGGAAUUUUAUAAUGUUUUAUGCUCCAUGGUGUCGUCAUUGUACAGAAUUUCAUCCAAUUUGGUCAGAAUUGGCAGAACUUGUGAACACAAAAGAUUCAAGGUUUGCCAUUGCUCAAGUUGACUGCACAAGGCAUUCUAAAGUAUGUCACGAAAAUGAUAUUACUGGUUACCCAACCCUACUUUACUUCCACAAAAACUCCUUGUCACCUGUUGAGUAUAAAGGGACACGGGACUUGCCUUCGCUGACCUUGUUCUUGAGUGAGGCUUUCACCUUAAAAGCCGAGGUGGCGGAUACAGAAAAACCUGGCGAUGUGAAAAUUUAUAGUGGCAUGGCACAUCUCAAUGACCAGAAUGUAGAGAAGUUUCUAUCUACUGGGCAGCAUUUUGUAAUGUUCUAUGCUCCGUGGUGCAAAGUCUCCCAGAGGCUGGCUCCCGUAUGGGCUGAACUUGCGGCGCAGUUCUCUCACAACAACUAUAUACAAAUCGGCAAACUCAACUGCUUGGACAAUGAGACGACAUGCAAGAACUUUGACAUCAAACAGUACCCAUAUUUAGUUUGGAUUGUGAACGGCAGAGUAAUGGGCGUAACAGACGCUGAUACUUUAGGCGAGUUGAAACUUUACGUGGAGAAGAUGUUGCUGACAGAGAACCACGACCCGGAGAAGUUCAUGAAGAAGGAGAAAGUGUUGCCAGUCGCCCGGAUAUCAGAGGAGACCUUCGAGACCUUCCUGGAGAAGGAUAUUGUCUAUGUUAAUUACUUUGCUCCCUGGUGUGCGCACUGCUUGCAGCUGAAGCCGCUGUGGAUCAAGCUGGGCGAGCGGUUCCAGAACGAGAGCCGCGUGCUCAUCGCUGACGUGGACUGCGUCAGGUCCAAGACCAUCUGCGACGUGGAGAAGAUAACUGGUCUCCCAACUUUAAUCCUGUACAAAAACAAGAAAAUCGUGAACCUCAGCAGCGGCGGCCGAUCUCUCGAGAGCCUCAUCACGACUGUCAACGAGCAUCUGCAGGAUCCCAAGGACGAUACUGCGAGUGACACGGUGGAAAAUACCAAAGACGAACUAUGAAAUAUGUAUAUAAUUGUUAUUUAUUUAUUUUUAUUUUUGUAAUUGUUGCCCAUUGCAAAAACAAUUCAUUUAUUUUGGUAUAUUUUGUAUUUGCUACACUUGCUCUGCAUCUAUGAUGUAGUUGAAAACAAUACGAAUAACUGUUUGGUUGUUGAAAUAUGAUACCAAAAUAUAAAUUAAUUAAUUGUUUCAAUUAUUGGUAUAAAAAUCAAUUUCAGACUGUAACGCCAUUUUUGUGAAAAUUACUACUAACUCUGCUGGUUUAAUUAACACAGGUCUCAAUAUGUUUUGAGUCUAGAAUUUUGGUGGUUUAUUUAUUUAGUUUUCUGUAAGAACAAGUGACAUCCGUCCUACCUGAGGGCCUAUUGGCAGUUUGAUAUUGUUACUAUCGCGUUAACGUAAACGCUAACGUCGUUAACGUCUAAGGAAUUGAAACAGCGCCAUCUAGUGGCACUACUGCACAACUGUUUCAAUUCCAUAUAAAUUCGCGUUUACGUCAACGCGAUAGUAACAGUAUGAAAAUAUUGAAAACUCCCACUAGGCACACUGUACCUUUUUGGCACUACAAUCGCAAACUGUUAUAUUUAAAAUGCCAUAAUCAUCGCCGAACUUAAAGGAAUAUAUUCUUCCAGAAUGUUUUUAAAGUGUGCCCCUAAAAGAAGUAUAAUAAAGAAUAAUACCAAUGAUA